CAGAAAUAAUAUGGUAUCAUUAUACUCAAUGACCCCCCUAACAAUCUACUAAAUCCAAAACUGAACCCAUUGAUCCAUGCCCUCGUUGUCUGGCAAUAAUUCAUGACCUGACUUGGCUGGCCUGAGCGCCCCAGAUUAAGCACAACCUACCCACCUUGAGACGUAGACGUAGGUAGCUGAGCUACUAACAUCCAUCCAUUACUGAGGGACUAUUUACGUAGCUUUCCCCAACUCAAAACACCACUUCCCAUUCUUCUUCAUCUGCCUCAAUUUUUGCUCGCCUAAAACUAUCUCCUCUAAAACACCAUUUUAUAUUAAUUCAUCAUCAUGGCUCGCAAGUUCUUCGUCGGCGGCAACUUCAAGAUGAACGGCUCCAAGUCGUCCAUCAAGGAGAUUGUCGAUAACCUCAACAACGCUGAUCUCGACAAGAACGCUGAGGUCGUUGUCUCUCCUCCUGCCAUCUACCUCCCUCUCGUCCGUGAGACCCUCCGCAAGGACAUCGAGGUCGCCGCCCAGAACGUCUUCAACAAGCCCAACGGUGCUUUCACCGGCGAGAUCUCUGUCUCCCAGCUCAAGGACAGCGACAUCAACUGGGUCAUCCUCGGCCACUCUGAGCGUCGUGAGAUCCUCGGCGAGUCCGACGAGACCAUCUCCUCCAAGACCAAGUACGCCACCGAGAACGGCCUCAAGGUCAUCUGGUGCUGCGGCGAGACUCUCGAGACCCGUGAGGCUGGCAAGACCAUCGACUUUGUCUCUAAGCAGCUCGAGUCUCUCAAGUCCCAGAUCUCCGACUGGUCCAACAUUGUCAUCGCCUACGAGCCCAUCUGGGCUAUCGGCACUGGCAAGGUUGCUACCACUGAGCAGGCCCAGGAGGUCCACAAGGCUAUCCGUGACCUCCUCCGUGGUAUCAGCGACAAGGUUGCUGACGAGACCCGAAUCCUCUACGGUGGCAGUGUCAACGAGAAGAACUGUGGCGAGCUCUCCAAGCAGCCCGACAUUGACGGUUUCCUCGUUGGUGGUGCUUCUCUCAAGCCUGCCUUCGUCGACAUCAUCAACGCUACCAAGCAGUAAAUGCAUUAAUUCAAAAGAAAAAAGUCUUGUUCCGUUAAGGUCUUGGUACCUUGGCAUGAGAGCAGAUAGAUGAUGAAUGAAACAAAAAUGAUUAUACCCAUGAAUAUUGGUCAUGAUUAUAGUAAUAUUUGAGAAAGACUUUCCUCAAGUGAUUCUACUUCAAUCAUCACAAGAAACAUCUUAAUUGAGCAUAGACGUGCAGCCGGUGGUGAAGAUGUGAAGCAGUUGACAUUCAUGCUCCCAACAUCAUGGAGAUCUUGCUAUAAAUCGUACAAAUUUCCU